UGGUGUUGUGAGGCACGCUCCAUGUCCUCGAAUAAUGUGAAUAACAUCGGACAGUAGAAACUAACGAGAAAGUACGGAUAACACAAGCAAUAAAACAAAGUAAAUACCAGAGACUCGGGCGGAAUAACAGGCGCUUUAAACAGAGGUAGUCCUGACGAGAGCUAAAAAGCCGGUUCAACAUAAGCAUAAACGAUGGGGGACGCUUCGGGAUCUUACAGACCCUGUAACCUUUCUGCUGGACAGGUAAACCGCUUUAACAAAGUAAGCCAGGAGUCUGUAACUUGUAAACAGGACCUGCUGUGUGUUGUAGCACUGCUAAACUGUUUAUCUCGGGUCCUGGACUAUGUCACUUUAUCCUUGUUGUUCAAGUCCUGCAAACAUUGUGUUUGCUGGUAGUCUGUUGGCAUCUACAGUAGCACCAAUGAUGUUUACUUUCAUGUUGACUGGAGCACAUUUGUAAUUAUCUGAAGUUUUUAUCUGCAUUAUAUCUGAAUUUAAUUAGAUCGAUACAAGCGAGGACGAGCAUCUGUUUGUGGGCGGGGCUUGCUGGAGCAGAGAGGGAGGGGAGAGGAGGAGCUGAGGGGAAAACUGGUUGGGAGGGGUAGAGUUUGCAUUCAAGAUUUCUCCCAAAAACUGGCACUUCCUCAGAUCCUGCCUACCCCACCUUUAACACCCUUUUAACACCAACUAAUAAAAUACCACAAAAUUUUAUGAUGUGCAAAAGCUAAAAAUUUCAUAUUUUUACUAAGGUUAAGUUUGAAAUAUUUUAUAAGGGGUAGUCAUUUGUUGCACUGACCUCUAAAUCACUAACUGGAGCUCAUUAAUACAGGCAUGAUCACCAUUCAAUAUCAACCAUGGUAUGUAGCGACUACAAAAAAAAAAAAAAAAAACCUUUGAAACAUUAAACCAUCUCUAUAGCCAGGAGGUAAGCAGGUAUUUAGCAUUGAUAUUAUUGAGAUAUCAGUCCUUGUGAGCAGAUUUUACCCAUUGAUAGCUUUAAGUGUCUCUUACUGUGAUAACCCCUUUGAAGCUGCUGGAUGGCUUCCAACAAUGGGUGGUUCCGAUGGCUCUGAUGCUGACUUUGCUCCACUCAGGAAGAGGCCCAUUAACGGGGUGCAUGGGUGAGGCAGAGUGCUUCUAUGAAGGAACCGCAGCUGGGUUGACGAGGAGAGACUGCAGGUCUGUAGCAGCCAGAUUCACUCUGUGGGGGAACCGGCCUCAGCGACAAGUUUCACUAUAGCCACCCUCGGCAAAUGACAUAGUGGUAGAGUUCGGGUGGUGUUCAAAUCAUCUUUAUUAAGAGAUACUAUGAAACUGUGAAAAAGCAUACAAAACGUUACAAUCUGCAUAAAUCCAAACUUAGUGGUGAUUGGUAUUGAUACAUUUUGUCAGUGUUGACUAAAAAUAUUUAAACAACAAUGAAACAAUAGCUUAACAUAAAUAUGUACAGUAACAAAUAUUAUUUAUUGCUACAUACCAAAAAUCCUGCACUUGUGCUCUGAGCUCCAGCUUCAAUCAAACUGAAAAGUUGGCAUCUGAGGUCACCCUUUAUACAAUUUCCGGGGGUUCACCGCCAACCCGGGAACAUGAAUGUGAACCCAACAAAAAAGAAAGGCCAGUGGAUGCUUACAGGAAACACACAUGAAACAUAGGAUAACAAAAAAGACCUUAACUAUGGGGAGGUGAUAGUACCCUUCCUUCGACAGCCGACUCCUGACGGCCCAGGGUUUCCAGGAUGGGACUGGUGAAAGUCCUGUUUAAGCUUGGGAUCCAUAUUGCUGGCUGAAACCCAGGACCUUUCCUCAGGACCAUAGCCCUCCCAGUCAAAUAUUGAUGACCAUGACCCCAGUGUCGCACUGCCAGAAGUUGCCUGACAGUGUACACAGGUCCUCCAUUGAAGAACCAGGGGAUGGAGGAGGUUUGGAGGAGGGAACCAGAGAGCUCUCCUUAACCGGUUUAAUUAUGCUCACAUGAAAUGUGGGGUGAAUCCUCAUGGAUUUGGAGAGUUUCAGUCUCACAGUCACAGGAGUAAUAACCUUCAACACAAGGAAUGACCCAACAAAGCGAGGGGCCAACUGAGCUGAUUCCACGCAUUGAGGAAGAUCUUGGGUAGCCAACCACACCUUCUGGCCAACCUGAUUUGAUGGGGCAGGAGAGCGAUGCUUGUCAGCCAUAGUCUUGUAGCAUCUGGAACUCCUGAGCAAUACCUGUCUGGCCCGGGCCCAUGUGCGGCGGCGCCAGCAAAUCAGAGCCAGUGCUGAGGGUACACAGACUUCCUUCUCCAGAGCUGGAAACAGGGAUUGUUGAUAGCCAUACACACACUGAAAGGGUGAGAGACCAGUGGAAGAACAAGCUAGUUUCUUAUUUAUCCGUGAAGUAGGAUUCUGGGUAGAAGUUAGAGAAUCCUAUUGGCGGGUGUGGGCCAUUCAGAAACAGCACUGACCUUGACAGGAUUCAUCUGGAUCUUCCCCUCAGAAAUGGUGAACCCCAGGAACAAAACUCUAGGCACAUGAAAUUCACAAUUCUCUGCUUUUACAAAAAGCGGGUUGUCAAGAAGACUUGGCCCAACUCAACUCAUCUUUAUUUAUGAAGCAUUUAAAAACAACCACAGCUGAACAAAGUGCUGUACAUAAAUAGACAAAAACAACUCAGACAUUAAAACAAUUAAAAAUAAUAGAUAAAAGACAAUGGAGCACUUGCCUUAUAUAUUGAAUGUGGGUCUCUUCAUCAGGGGAGUAGAUAAGUAUGUCAUCCAGAUAGACAAAAACAAAGAUGUUGAGAACAUCUCAGAGGACAUCAUUGACCAAAGCCUGGAAGACAAAAAGGGCAUUUGUUAAACUGAACCACAUCACCAGGUACUCAUAGUGGCCACUGGGUGUAUUAAAAGCUGUUUUUCAUUCAUCACCUUCCCUUUUUCUGAGCAGAUGAUAAACAUUUCUAAGGUCUAAUUUGGUAAAUAUCUUAGCUGCUUUCUGUAGAGAGAGCAGAUGUGUACCUGUUGAGUAGGGAACAUAUAAGGGGUUGCAGCAACUCCCUCCAACGCAAACAGUGUGUCCGUGUCGCCACCAGCCUCGCUGGUUUUGGAUCCGACCUGGGCACACUGCUAUCUGGUGCGAGAAAGUGUUUCUACACGUUUGGCAUGCUCUUGACAGCUUACAAGUGUUCAUGUAAACAAAAACUUUUCUGAACGCGUAGUGGUGUGCAUGCAUUUUUUUUGUAAAUGCAGAGGGUGAAAUGUCUGUUUAUGAAAAUAGCCAGGCACGUGUAAAUGUUGUCUGAGACUAGAUACUUAAGGUGAGAGAAGACAAUCAGAACCAGAUGAAACACAUUAGGCAGGGGCAGGUAAUCACACACUGGGAACACAGGAACACAGGAAGUGGAUGAUUUAAAAUGAGACACAGAGAUGAGUAUCAAAAUACAACAGGAAACACAUGAAACAUAGGAUAACAAAAAAAAACUAUGGGGAUGGGAUACAGCGGCCACCUCAGGCCUGCGGGCUGGGGAUGCUCCCCGCUACAGAGUGUGGGAGAGGUGGUGGAAGCAUUAAGAAAGAACAUGUCAGUAGAUUAACUUUUAACUUACAAAAGGAAAAGGGCUGUGGCCUGCAGGAUAAUGAAGGAGGCAAAAAAGAAAACAUGGAGGAACUACUGUUCAACCAUAGGGAGAGAAAUAAGAUUGCAAAACGUUUGGGCAACAUUUAAGAAAAUUAGUGGGAUAAUAGGUUCAUCAAAAAUUGUAGUGCUAAUGAUUGAGCAGAGGUUAGAUGUAACCAUACAGUUCAUGGCUGUAACAAACAAAGAAAGUACCUGUGUUAGGUAAGGCAUUUGCAGUUUAGCAGUCGGGGGAACUCCUGUGUGCUAAGCAUAGUCAGCAAAAACAAAAAAUAAUCUGAGAGUUUGGAGAUGUCAGGAGGGAGAAAGAAACAUUUAUUACAACACUUGAAAUGGAAUUGACAAUGAAAGAACUAUUGCACUGGGUAUGCAGCCCCCAAAAAACCACAAAAUUGGUCUUAAUAAAUCUUUAAAGAAAUCUUUAAAAAGAUAAAUCAUAAUGAUAAGUAUUAAAGUUGGUCAUACUAGUCUGAACGACAUCAUAAAUGUAAUAGGUAGAAGAAUACUGUGUGAGAGAUGUGUGAAGGAAAAUGUGUAAUAUGUUUUCACGGCGUUAAGUACGCAUCAGAGAGAGAGAGACACACUACAGGGGGAAGUCAGAGCAGCUCAGUGGGAUUGAAGUCUGGCUGGAAUUCUUGGAUUAAAGGGGAUAGGGAGAGGAUCCAAUUUGUAAGAAAAGCAUUCAGCUUUCUCAAAAGGACUCAAUCGAUGGCUAAACUUAGACGUGGAGAUAUAACGCUACACACUCUUGUACAGUAGGUGGCGGUAUGUACAUGAGUGUUGUUUGAGAACCGCUAUUAAACGAAAGAAGAGAAAGAAGAAGUUUCAUGCAAAACAACGGUAAGGUGCGAGUUUUUAAUACGAAAAUCCCUCAUUAUGUUCCCGUUAUACUCUGAUGUCUGCUUGGGAAUGCAUAAUGCCAAUUCGGUAUAAGACUGAAGGCUUUAAACUAGAUUUUAAGACAUAAGCGUCAUUUUCAUUUCCUUGCUUGGGUCAGACGACUAAAUUUAAAACAUCAGUAAUGUUAACAGGAUCAGUGGCUCAGUCCAAAAAUGUGUAGCAAAUCGGUCAGACGGAUGUUGUCAGCGCAAGUAAAAGUUUGAAAAGGUUUUAAUGAGUCUCAGAAACUUGAAUAUGGGCACUUAUGCACGAGUUUAACGUGUUUUUUGUGAGGCAAGUAACCCCUUAGCAGAUCCUUACGUUGACCCCAGGCUAAGUUGAUGUCUGGCCAAUUUCGCAAACAAGUGAUUGCGAAAUUGGCCUCUUAUCGUACACAUAGGAAACUAGGUGAAAAGCGAGGUGAAAAUGGUUUUAUAUUCGACAUUCGCCUUUUUCGAGAUUCUAACUGUAAUGUUGUGACGAAAACGGUUCUAAUUUCACUCACCAACAUGAGCGGGUCUGGUGAAAACCCGCAGAAACUACACUGAAUAUCCGCCAGGGUACCGUGCAGCAGCCAGAGUGCACAAACGGACCGUCGUGAAAGUGCAAUCGCUGUAGAUUAUUUUUACCUCCGCCAGGUAGCGUUUGUUUGUUUGUUUGUUUGUUUGUCUGUUAGCAACUUUAUGGAGAAAGUUACAGACGGAUUGACCUGUAUUUUCACCAGAGGUGCGUCUCAGCCCCAGGAGGAUCCCAUUACAUUUUGGUGGUGAUCCGGAUCGUCUUCUGGAUCCAGGAAUUUUUUGAAGGAUUUUUUAUCAUUGUGAGAUCGGGCAAAUUUUGGAAUUUUUGCAUUUAACUCUAUACAAAUGUCCAGAGUCUUUAGUAAAAAAUUACACAAAAGGAUCUCAAUGAGUUUUAUGAGGUGUCAAAGGUUGAUUCCUGGUCAAGACAAAUUUCCGGAAACUGUGAUCCAGAACACACAAAAAUAAGGGUGUCGUUGGAAUUUUCAAUGAUGAAAGAUAAGCAAUGAAGAUACAAAGAAGUGAACGCUUACAAAUAUUGCAUAAUAAAUCAAGCAUUUAUGUAUCUAAUAUGAGCUUUGUUGUUUUAGGAACAUUAUGAACAGUGAACAUACCAGUUUAAACACAAAUAAAAGUUGAUAAAAGACACGUAGCAGUAAAAGUUUUGGUGUGAAUCACAAUAUAAGGGUGGACAUGAGCUGCUUGGUGGAGGUCUGCGCUCUUCGAGUGCUUUUCUAGUUCUGAAUAGCUCACUGAAAUUAAAACCUAUCACCACCAAACUAUUUCUCAUCUGUUGAUACUCUCACUGUCAAACUUUCACAGCCACCGAUGUUUUAAAAAAAAAUCUUUUAGAAGGAAUCUUGGAUCUCAAUGGGACUAACCAAGUUAAAUAAAGGUUAUAAUGAUAAUAAUGAUAACAACAAUGAUAAUAAUAAUGAUAAAGAUAAGAUAAUGGAAAAGACAUGAUGUGGCUCAUGAAAUGAGUAAAAAAACUGCCUCUGCAGGGUCUCCUUUAAUGUGUGUUGUUCUUAUUACAGUGAAUGAACCCUCGAGAAGCCUGGAUGCUACUGUUUCCUUAACAAGAUCAUAUUGGACUCCAUAAAGCUGUAGCUGAGAUCUGGCUGGGAUUUAUGACAAAGAGAAUGUGCCUAUUUACUUCUCUUGGACGCUGCAAAGUUUCCCGCAAGAGCGGAAACAUUGGCCUGUUCUUCUCCUCAAUCUUCAACCAUCACAGAUGCUUCAGCACCAAAGCUGCCCACCGGAAUGCAUCAUCAUCAGCCACAGUGCUUCAGAACACACCCUCCUAUAGUUAUAUCAUUGUUGGGGCAGGUUCAGCAGGCUGUGUUCUUGCCAACCGCCUCAGUGAAGAUAACCAUGAGUCUGUCCUGUUGCUGGAGGCAGGGCCGAAGGACAUGUUGCUCGGCAGCUUACGACUUUCAUGGAAGAUCCACAUGCCAGCUGCAUUGACCUACAACCUCUGCGAUGACAAGUAAAGUAGCUUAAUUAUUGCAGUGCAGAUUUAUGCACUUCAUAUUUGCCUUUCUAACCAUCAUAAAUGAGUACACAAUAAAAAAGUUGCGCAAAUACAUGUGAAUUUAGCACUAAUGAAGAAAAUAUGUUUUUAGUUUAAAGUACAUAGUAGUUUUUACCUUACUAUCCUACUGUCUUCUUAAGGUAGAGGAUAUGAAAAUAAUAGCAGGAAAUUUCUUUUCAUAUUUGAAUUUGAUUUUAUGUAAUAUGUACGGUGGCCUGGAAGUGCAAAACACAACCGCAAAAGAGAAAACAACAGCAAAUCACAUAUACAAACACAAAAAAGAGAAAACACAACAGCAAAUCACAUAUGCAAACACAAAAAAGAGAAAACAUGACAGCAAAUCACAUAUGCAAACGCAAAGAAGAAAACGCAACCACAAAUCCCAAAACACGAUAGCAUCGUCUGUCUUCUUCUUCUUCGUUGUAAUUUAAUGGCAGUUUGCUCCGCUGGGGGUGGAGUACUACCUCCACCUGCUGGAUCGAUGUCGGAAUGGGAAAGUAAGCACUCGAAUCGACCCGUCUGUCCUUUGACCUGGAAAGACACGAACCGCGGCGCGACAGUCAGUGAUGAUGUAUUGCCAAUACUGUGGCAAAGAGCUCCCCGGACAACCCAACUUUUGCAGCAGUUUUGGGAAAAGGCUGCAAGAAGCAGAUGGUGACAGUCCAUCAAGGAAGUUAAGGGAUGUUCAAUCAAUGUGUUCUGCUACACAACAUGUCAACUAUUACGUCAUAUUUGUGUCCUGCAUCAAAAUAUUGCUGGAUAAUUUCGAGUACACUUUUGCUUUCGGCGUCCAUGUUCAUGUUUACUUUCCUGUUCCGAACUCCAGCAGGUGGCAGUAGUACUGCACCCCCAGCGAAGAAAACUGCCAUUAAACUACAACGAAGAAGAAGAAGAAGACAGACGAUGCUGUCGCGUUUUGGGAUUUUGCUGUCGUGUUUUCUCUUUUUUGUGUUUGCAUAUGUGAUUUGCUGUCGUGUUUUCUUUUUUGUGGUUGUGUUUUCUCUUUUGCGUUUGCGUUUUGAUUUGCUGCCGUGUUUUCUCUUUUGUGGUUGUGUUUUGCACUUCCAGGCCACCGUAAAUAUGUGACUAUAGAGGCAACAACAACUGUGUAACACACAAAUGCUUUAUGUCAACAAAAUGAAUUUUCAUGCAUCAGUUUUAUGCAAGUUUUGGCCAAGCAUGUUGCAAUCAAUUACAAAAUAAUAUCACCAAGUUAAUUUGUUGUAUGGAACUUUAUAUUUUUUUCAUGUAAAAAUCUUUCUUUUCAUUGCUCUUUAGGUAUAACUGGUAUUACCAUACUUUACCUCAGGCCAACAUGGACAAUAGAGUGAUGUACUGGCCAAGGGGACGUGUAUGGGGUGGAUCAUCUUCACUCAAUGCAAUGGUGUACAUCCGUGGGCAUGCAGAAGACUACAAUCGCUGGCAGACAGAGGGAGCAGAGGGCUGGGACUACGAACAUUGUCUUCCUUACUUCAGGAAGGCUCAGUGCCAUGAGCUUGGAGAAGACAGGUAUUAUCAUAUAUAUGCUUUGGUGUUUUCAGCUGCCAAUCACAUGCCUGUACCCUGCAUAGUUAGGAUACUGCAGCAUUCCCAGCAGUAUCAGAACUGUAACAGGGGAAAGGCAGGUUCACUAAAACGGCAGAGCUGGUAGGACAGAACAAAGGGUUACUAUUUGAUGAAGUUUAUUUUUUCAUGUGUGUACUGCAGGUACAGAGGGGGUAAUGGGCCUCUUCAUGUGUCUCGAGGAAAAACCAACCACCCCCUUCACAAGGCUUUUAUUGAAGCAGGGCAGCAGGCUGGGUACCCCUUGACAGAUGACAUGAAUGGGUAUCAACAGGAAGGUCUGGGCUGGAUGGACAUGACCAUUUACAAAGGUAUGAGGAAACUGUAAAACAGUUGUUGCAACUGUAAGUAGUCCAAAAGGAGAAAACUCAAAAUUGCAGAAAGCCUCAUUGCAUUUUAAACAUUUCAACAGUGUGUAUGAAAACAAAGUAUUCUUUGUUGUGUAAGGAGACAUAAAAAAAGACCCAAAAUCAAGAUAGGAUAAUUUUAUUAUGAGAUAAUACCCUAUCUUAAAAAAAAAAAAAUGAUAAUAAUAAUAAUAAUACAUUUUAUUUUUAAGCGCCUUUCUUAACACUCAAGUUCGCUAUACAGAUAAAAACAGUGAAUAAAACAAGAUAUAUGCAAACACAAUCUUAAAUAAAAAUGUAAAUUACAAAGAGUGGGCUAGUUUGAAGUCUGGUUUUGAAGAGAGAGAGUCAUUGUCCAGAUGUCUGGUGAGAGUGAGUUCUAGAGUUGGGGAGCAGAGCAGCUAAAAGCUCUGCAGUGAGGAAGAUGGAGGAGGAGGAUCGGAGGGUGGUGGUGGUGGUGGUGGUGUGUGUGUGUGGGGGGCUUACAGUGGAACAGCUGUAGGAUGGAGGUGAUGUGAUGUGGUGGAAUGAGGGAGCUGUGGUGAUGAUACGAGCAGCUGAGUUCUGAACUAGUUGAAAUAUUUGGAGAGAUUUGUGAGGGAGACCAAAGAUAAGAAAGUUACAGUGUGGGAGGUAACAAGAGUGACGAGAAUAGAGGUAGUAUGGGUGGGGGUGGGAGGGCAGAGAUGAUUGAUGUUGGCUUGGAAUGAUAGAGAGCUGUUGAGGAUGACACCCAAGCUCUCAACCUUUUUAAGAUAAUUUUUUAUUAUUUUCUCGAAAGUCAAAAAUUUACAUACAUUUCAUUGGUAUUUGGUAGCUGCCUUUUAAUUGUAUGACUUGGGUCAAAUGUUUUGGAUAUGCUUCCACAAGCUUCUCACAAUUAUUUGCAGGAAUUUUGGCCCAUUUCUCCUGACAGAACUGGUGUAAAUGAGCCAAGUUUGUUGGCUGCCUUGCUUGCACUUGACUUUUCAGUUCUGCCCAUAAAUUUUCAAUAGGAUUGAGAUCAGGGCUUUGUGAUGGCCACUUCAAAACAUUGACUUUGUUAUCCUUACACCACUUUGCAAGCUUCCCCUUUUUUCCUCCAAAUGUAACAAUGGUCAUUAUGGCUAAAAAGUUCCAUUUCAGUUUCAGUUGUUUACAGUUGUUUGAACCAAUAAAAGUGGCACCUUCAGGCAUCUGGAAAUUGCACCCAAGGAUGAGCCAGACUUGUGUAGGUCCACAAUUCUUUUCCUGAUAUCUUAGCAGAUUUCUUUUGAUUUUUCCCACGAUGUUGCACAAAGAAGCCCUGUGUUUCAGGUGUGCCCUAAAAUACAUCCACAGAUGUGCCUCUAAUUAACUCAAAUGUUGUCAAUAAACCUCAGAGGCUUCCAAAGACAUGAUAGCGUCGUCUGGACUUUCCCAAAUUGUUUAAAGGCAUAGUCAUCUUAGUGUAUGUAAACUUUUGACUCUUGAGAAAGUAAUAAGAAAUGUUUAAAAAAUUCUCUCUCUCAUUAUUCUGGCAUUUAGCAAAUAAAAAUAAUUUUGAUGAUCCUAAUUGACCAAAAACAGGAAAAGUUUAAUCUGAUUUAAUGUUAGACUGUGAGAAAAAAAAGGCUGUGUGCCUUUUGAUAUAAUGUAUGUAAAUUUCUGGUUUCAACUGUAUAUCUGAAUGAAACCAAGAAGGAAAGAAGCCGCUCCCAUGCUCAAAGCAGCCAUAGUAUGGAGUAGGGUCAUAACUCUUACCUUUGAAUGAGGGCUUACAGAGACAAAAAGAGGGGUUGGAUUUAUGUAAUAGAUUAAGAGUAACAUUUAAUUUUUUGAGUCUAUAUAGGAUCUCUUCAGGUGCUUUUUAAUUAAAUUUACAAAAUUUUAGUUGAAAGAUCUUUGUCUCCUUCAAACCCUGUGUUAAUCCAGAUUUAAGAGGAAGCAGUGUCCUACCUUUGCAUAAAUAAAAAUGUCUGUCCUGUGAUAUGUAGUGUUUUAUGAAAAUCUGUUAUUUUCAAACAACAUUUGUUUUGGGAAAUGGUAUUUUUGAGUGCACCUAUGUUUUGUGCAAUAGAUUUUUUUCACUGAAAUAUUUAUUAUGACCUUAAUGGCGACAGACAAGACGAUGAAAGUAUCAAUACAGUAUGUACACUGUUUUACGAUCAACACUGCUCAUAUCUGUCCAGGAAAAAGGUGGAGCGCAGCCAGUGCAUACCUGAGACCCAUCUUGGGUCGACCAAACCUGAAGACUGAGGUUCGCUGCCUGACCACCAAGAUUCUGUUUGAAGGAAAUGUUGCAGUGGGUGUAGAGUAUAUUCAGGAUGGACAGAAGAAAAAGGUAAUUUGCACAGAAUUUGAAUUUUAUCAAUUAAUAAAAUUUCACUGAUAGGCUUUGACACUUCUCUCACAUCAUAAAAGCUCCAUUUGCAAAAUAAAAAUUACAGAUUUACAGAUAAAAAAUGAUGAUUCACUUGUAACAAAACAUUUAGAACACUGGAAACAGUAUUCACAGUCUUUCAGCCAACUUAAAUCUAAAAUCAAGCUCCAUAUCUAUUUAGGGAUAAGUUGGUGUACAAAAUCCUUGAACCCAGUGGCAGGAACAUGUCUGUACAGUCCACAUAAAAAAGCCCAAUAUGCCACAAUAUGUGUGUUUGAAGAACUGAAAUACACAACUUUGCUUUUUACUCAUAAAAAUAUUUUAGUCAAGACUAUCAGUCAUUUUAGAAAUAUUUGGAAAAAAUACAGGAAUUCAUACCACAAAUAUUUAGUGUUAAUAGUGAAAUCAACCUCCCUUUAAAAUCUAAUUAUGUAGUUGGCAAUGUGUGAAUUUUUGAGGUGGUGCACAGCUGAUGCACCAAACCAACACUGGGCACACAAUGGUGCUCAGGAAGCUCUGCAAAUUAGACAUGGCUUUUGACAGCUGUACUAACACCAUGCUUGAGUACUUGAAGUGGAAACAAUCCUUGGCUCCAGAAGCAGCAGGAACAUUCCCGCACAACUUUUGACUUUUGACUUUUUAUCUCAAACCAAGCAUAAAAUAUGAAAACACUGCAUUGUACAUCACAGAUUUUCUCGUAUUGUUACUUGGCUGUUUUAUGUAAACCCACUCCAUCAGCCAUGUUUAACUGAGGUUGAUGCUGUUGUAAACAACAUAAUAUUGUUGUGUAUUUAAUGUCAGCUCUGAAAAUAGAAUGCUAUAACAGAGCGACUCAUUGUAUAACCCACUUGGUUUUGCACUACUCUAUGUCUCCAUGCAGUUAUUCAACAUCCAUAUUUCAGAGACUGUCUAUGUCUAAAACGAAUGCAAUCUCGAAUGGUAUACAGUGAUGUGAAAUGAUUUUUUUUCCUUAUCUUUGUUUUUAAACUCCCACUCCCAUCAAUUUUUUACUACUUCAAGUGUCAUCAGUGGUCUUUAAUUUGUGAUUAUGAAGUUUUUUUUAGCCAAAAUCAUGUCACCUCUGUCAUUUUCAAGGACUUUUUUCUGCAGAGCUCCAGUAGAUUAUUAGCAAUUCGCCUCUGAGUUGUGGGCGGAGACAGCACUGCUCUGCACACUCCUCUUCACAUUCCUCUUCACGCUAGCUUGCAGCCUAACAUUGCCGAUUUAGUAGAAGUGGCAGGUAACAUUAGAGCUAUUAAGCUCUCGGACACUUAUGCCUUUCGGGACAUGAUGAAAGUUAAUAUUAUAAUUACCUUUCCUACAAGCUUUGCAUUCUGCUAACGCACACGCUUGUUCAGCUAUCGUCCCCUCUACUCUUCCGUGUCCCUGCAUAGCAAUUUGUGACGUCGGAAAUCUCAAUGUGUCUGAGCCUGCUGUUUGGGUCUACCAGGGAUUCACAGUGAUUUGAAAGCAGAUAUACUCAGAUAUGCAAUUUCACACUUAGUUUUCUCAUGAUAUAUUUUCUAGCAUCGGAAAAAUGCCAUAUGAACACGUAAACAACAACAAAAAAACACAAUUUCAUCGAAAUGGGUCUUUAAGUGAUAAUGCUAAACAGAGGCCAGUAUUUGUGGCAUCUCUGGUCUGUUGACUUAUCAGACUCUUAUUGACGCUGCAGAUUAUAAAUAUUUAAAGUUGUUAAAAAAAUAUGUAUUUUGGUUAAAUUUGUUGUUACAUUAAUUCAGCAAAAAAACAACUGUGAGAUUUCUUAAAGAAAAAAGGUAAAUUGAUGAAAAAAAUUGUUAGGUGCAGCCUUAGUUAAGAGUAAUGUUGCAUAAUAGGUAGGUAGUGAUGAAGCAGUACUGCUAUAUCAGGGUGGGUUUUGGAAGAUAAGAAAACCCAAAUUGCCUCUCAGUAAGUAUAAUGAGAAAAUUUCCUUUUAUACAGGUGUUUGCAGAUAAGGAAGUGAUACUGAGUGGAGGGGCCAUCAACUCCCCUCAGCUUCUCAUGUUGUCUGGGGUGGGAAAUGCAGAUGACCUUAAACAACUUGAUAUUCCUGUGGUUCAACACUUGCCAGGUAAGAUUUUUAAUUCAGAGUUGUUUUCAAACACGAGUUGCACUCCUGACAUUUUAAUUCCUAUAAAAUAAAAAUAUAAUCAAAUAAAAUAACACUUGAAAGAACAUCUCUCAGUUAAUUAGGUAAAUUCAGGUCAGGUCAAAAAAAGAACAUUCAUGAAAGGCUAAGUCUUUCAAAGUUAAGACUGGGAUAUUGUUUGAGUAAAUAGUUAAACGAUUUUAGGUUUUAAUUCUUUCAGUGGAAAAUUGCAAAUAGUGUGAUGGCUUCAUCAUGGACAGCACAUAACUUCAGAAAUUGAAAAAUUAUUUAAAACCAUAUAGCCUACAAACAUGGUCCAGAAAUGCCAGUAUCUGUGCCAACGCCUAUUUAAGACAGACUGACUGACCCUCUCAGAUUGCUAUCUGCUCAUAGUUUAGAGGUUAAUAUUACACCAAACGAGCAAGUGGCUUUUUGAGAACACUCACCCCACCAUUGUGACUGAAGGCCUGGUGACAUUACUCAAGAUCCAAAAAUAUUGCAGCUGAAGACACAGGCGGAAGGGGAGGAGGGGUGUUUACAUUUUCUCACCCUUAUUCCGAACUGCAAAAUAAAUAAACGUUGCAUUGCAUCCAUGGGUUGCCUUGCUUUUACCCAGAAAUAAUAAACAUCAUGUCCAUUAUGAACCUCUCACAAAAACAACUGUCAAAAAUGUACUUUUGAAAUGGAGACAAUGAUUCAAUAUGAUACAAACAACUACAUUUUGAAAUUCUUUUAUUUUGCUUCAUUAUAUUCCUGCCAACCUCUAUGUGUGGCUAGAGCUUUCUUUGCCCUCAUACUCAUUGUUGCUCUUCCCCAACUUAUCUAAGGAUUUUCUUUUUACUUAUUGAGAUUUGCAUGGGUUUUGGUUGGAAACCAGUGGUUUAAAAAACAUACAAACUUAAAAGAAAAAGUAAAAAAAAUGCUUGAGUGACAGCAGUAAAGCUCCUUUCAGCUAGGACGCAUGUCAAAAGUUACCUAUGAAACCUUGAUGCUGUAGCAGGGAUUAAAAAUAAAAGACUCCCUGACAAAAACCUCAGUAUCACCUCAAAAUAACAUGAGAGUCUAUGACAUAAUCUCAUUGGCAGCAAAAUCUUUGAAGACAGUAUUUUAUCUUAGCUGAGCGGGCCAGUGAAAUGUACAAGCAGCUGGCCCAGUGUCUGCUUAUCAUGAUUUAGGCCAUUGGGCCAAUUAGAACAUCCAGCAUUGUAUAGGGAUGCAAAAGUGCUGGUGGUACAUGUCACCGUCACAUCUAGCAAGACACCAUUGGUGCUGAACAAUACAGGUUCAGGAGCAACAUAUGCUGCCAUAGAGACAAUACCUUUUUAGGGUUUUUCCUGGCUUCGGUGGUACCCUCCCUACAAUAAAUGCAAUCCUAAUCCUUUCUCAGCUGCUUUUUAUAUAUUUGAGGAAGUUUAAUAAUUGUCAGAUCAGAGAAAGGACAUUAAAACAUAAAAGAUGACAUUUUUUACAACAAAUGGUUAGUUGUCAGACAACCAACACAACUUACAGCCAUGAGAGGCUGAUGACUUACGGCAGGCACGUGAAAUAAAUAAAAAAAAAACUUUAGGGAGCAUAACAAAAACACAUUCCUCAGUCAGUCAUCGCCAUGUGAUCCUCUAAGAUGAAUUGAAUUUAAAAAGAGUUUGGUUGAGCUGGCUCACACACUACACUUGUACGCAGCAAGAAAAGUACUUCCUCUGCCUCAUUUUGAGCCAGAAAAAUCCCUGUGGGCCAUUGUUUGUAGUUUUUUUUGUGUGCUCCUGUGUGCAUGUUUCUGUGAGUGAAAAAAAACGUCCACUCUUGUUUCCUCUCAGGUGUUGGAAGUAACCUGCAAGAUCAUCUGGAGCUGUAUGUCCAGCAGCAGUGCACUCAGCCGAUCACCCUGUACAAGGCCCAGAAACCUUUUCACAUGCUCAAAAUCGGCCUGGAAUGGCUCUCCCUGUUCACUGGUAACCAAGGACAUACUGUACAUUUAAAUAGGAACCCAGAGACUUUGCAAGAUGUUCUUUAGGAGUAGUAUAAAGGAACAUUUCAUACAACUUGACAAUUUUCUUUAUAAUCUGUCUUCAAGUAAAUUCCCCUGGUUUUCAUAGGCAAUAAAUACAGGAAAGAUUAUUAAUAAGACAAGAGCCAAUAUUAACUGCUUAAGCCCACUGUCUCCUGCUUCUUCCUCUGCCAUUGUUCUGAAACACACCUCCAUCCCCAAUCCUUUAUUUAUACUAUAUCUGAAAUCACCGGUGUCAUUUGUAUUGCCUCUGAUCUUGGCUUUGUUCAUGUCUGCAGUUUGUGCCGGUACUGCUCUCUUUGGUGGUGCUCUCCCUGCUGUCAGCUUUGCACAUAAGCACAUGGAAGAGCAGGGAGCUCUCAAAACGGAGCCAUACUGCCAAAUAUAACAAAUGCAUAAAAUUAACUCAUUCUUUUGACCAUAGUGGUCCUUACUGACAGGCAAAAAGUAAUGGUGGUUUGCGAACCAGUUCUUUUUCAGCUUUGUCUUUGAGGAAAUAACGUUGCCUUGAUAGCAAGCAUUCUCUAGAGCAGUGGUUCUCAAGUCCAGUCCUCGAGGCCCACUGUCAUGCAUGUUUUGGAUGUUUUCCUGCUCCAACACACCUGAUUCAAAUGAUCAGCUCGUUAUCAAGCUCUGUAAUGGCUUAAUAACGAGCUGAUCAUUUGAAUCAAGUGUGUUGGAGCAGGGAAACAUCCAAAACAUGCAGGACAGUGGGCCUCGAGGACUGAACUUGAGAACCACUGCUCUAGUGUAAAGGAGAUUAAGUUUUGGUUUUUGCAGGUGUGAGUAACACAAAAGUAUAGAGCAGGAGUGGGAUGGGUAGUUUUUGUGAUGGUCAAAAAUCUGGGCAAACAAAUUGCAUCACACUACUCACUCCUUACAUAUAAGAUCCUACCUGAGUGAUGAAAUCAUUUGACUUUUCAUGAAAAAUCCUCUAGGGUACGGAGCAACAGCCCACUUGGAGAGUGGAGGGUUCAUUCGAGGACGACCGCAAGUCACUCACCCUGACAUCCAGUUUCACUUCCUGCCCUCACAGGUCAUUGACCAUGGACGAGUAGCCCCAAAGAUAGAGGCCUAUCAGGUGAGUGUGCUUGUUUUUAUUCAGAUGAACAGCUAUAAAUCAAUCUUUAUUUAUAUUUCGCCAAUUCAAAAUAAAUGUUAUCUGAAGACGCUUAAUUCAAGGAACUGGUCUACACACACCUCAUGCUGUCUCCAAAACAUAACUGUACCGGCUGUUAUGGCUGUUGUCUUUCACCACUCUUUUCCAGACUCUGACAUGCAUUACUAGCCCUGAAAUACAAGACAUGCAAGGGGCCAUUCAAUGCCAGUCACAAUUUUCAUGUCAUAUUAUUUCCAGAAAACUAGGUUACUUUUGGAAACCAUUUUUUCAUUGUGUGUUUCAUUGCACUAAAAUGAAGAUACAACUUUUUUCUGUUGUAUCGUUUGGGUUACUAAGGUUCCAUAAUUGAUCCCUAGUUUAUUUAUCCUGUAGUUCCUAUAUUUGGCUUUUAUCGGUUAUCAGUUCAGGCUUUUAUUAUUGGGACAUAGAAAAUAAUUUGUAACUUAAAGCAAAAAAGACUUAAACUUAUUUGUGGGGUUUUUUCUCUCCCAAAGAACAUCUUGGAAUAUAAUGAUGUUCUAGCUAAAAGCAUAAUAAUUUUGUGAUAAGUAACCCACAAGAGUGUUUCAAGUCAAUACUAAAUAUUAUUAUUAAGCCAUAAUUAAUCAAUUAUAGUUAAUAUUAAUACACACCUUAUUUAUGACAGGUAUAAAAUAUGUCAACAAGUUUGUAAAGAGGGCCUUUGAGUAUCUUAGAAGCAACAGUUAGUGUUAAUGAUGCUUUUAUUAAACUUAUAAAACAUGUCAAUUUUUAUAAGCAUCUUCAUGUUUUAAGAUUACAAGGACCUUUUCAUAAAGUGCUACCAAAUCAGAUAAUUAAUUCUAAGUGUUUUCAAUAAAAUAACAAUCUAGCUACACUGACUUGAAAUAUGAAAGCAUGAUGGGAACUUUGGCAGACUUAUUGGCCUUUCUGUCAUGUUUAUCUGUCCAAAAAUAAGAAUCUUGUGGCCUCUAACUAUAAACUAGAUCAAAGAAGGACAUCAUUUGUUGAAUUUUAUGUAAGCCUUGGCAUGGUUGUUAAAGGAAUGACUUCCUAAACACUUGUCUGUCCAUUCUCAAUCAUGCCUGUCAGUAGAGUCUUCUGAGCACACCAAAGUCAGUUAUGCAGUUCCACAGUGUUCAAUGUUUGGAUCAAUAAAUUGGGUGUUGGUACUUUUGGCUGUGUGGGCAGUUGCCAAGUCCUGUGGAAAAUGAAAUUAGCAUCUCCAUGAAGCUGGUCAGCAGAGAGGAGCAUGAAGUGCUCUAAAACUUUCUAGUAGACGGCUGUGCUGACCUUAGACCUGAUAAAACAUAGUGGACCAAUGCCAGCAGAUUACAUAGCUCCCAAAACCUCCACUGACUGGGAAAACUCUACACUGGAACUCAAGAAACUUGGAUUCUGUGCCUCUCUUUUUUUUUCCUCCAGACUCUGGGACCUUGAUUUCCAAAAGAAUGCAAAAAAUUGUAGCACCCAGUGCCAGGACUCCACCGAUUUCCACACCUCACCAUUCACUCAUUCAUCCUUCUAGACCUAGUCCAUUUCCACACCGACAAACUCCCAAUCAACCAAUCACAGCAUGCCACUUUACCUGGUCUGUUUGAAUCACAAAACCAGAAAUGUUUUUUAGCCAGCAAGAGCAGAAGAUCGGACGGGGGUAUAAGAGCAGGACAAAUCUGUAUAGUGGCGUUUGACAGAGUCCUCCUUUCUAGUUGUUAUACCAUGGUGUUCAGCCGCCUGAUAGGAUUGUUACAGCAGACUCCUGAGUGGGUUGAUUGUAUCCUCAGUGCUGGCGUUUUAGCUGCCUCCUGGAGUUGGAAUACAAUUUUGAUAUGCUGACUGACUGAUGACUGUACCGUGAGUACCAGACGACUUUGUUUGUUUGUUUUCUUGGUGUGAGAGGCCAAGAUGUAUCAUUCCAUUUUUUAAUUCUGUGUGUUUAGGAGAGUAUUGUUGUGUUAUAGAUUUAUGGUGAGCAUUGGUUUGAAUUGUGGACAUGGGACAGAAAAAAUUAAGAGAGACUUUUUUGCCUCUUUUUUUUUCCCCCUUUGACUUAAACUGUUAAAAUUGAACUGAACUGUGUUACAGACACACACACACAGACACACACACACACACACAGACACACACACACAUACACACACACCACCUUACACCAUCCUUUUUCAAUGUUUGGUUUUUCUGUCAAAUACGAUUUUGUUGUGCUUGAGCUCGUGCUGACUGGUGAUUCUUUGUUGAAAUUAUUGCUUAUUGUAUUGUUGAGUUGCUUGUUUUUUUGUGUGUAUGGUUUUACAGACUUAUUCUUGUUUUAUUGAUAUUGAUUUGUUAGACCUAACUCUGACUGAGCCCUACUUAAAAAAAAAGAAAAGAAAAAAAAAAAGGGAAGAAGUUAAACCCGCUACAAUGUACAUUCUUUUGUAAAGAGGACUUUGGACCUAGAAAUGUCUCUAGUUGAUGCAAUUAUUCUUUCUCUAUGACAUCUCUAUUCUGGACAUGGCCUUAUGCUUAUCUAGCACCAUUAUAAAAUAAUUGAAUCAAUGCUAACAUGUGGUAUUUAACAGCAUAUUCCAUUAAAUGGUACGGUUAAACAUGAGUGUUUCUGUUUGUGUUGUAGGUUCAUGUUGGACCCAUGAGAAGCACUAGCACUGGCUGGAUGAAGCUUAGGAGCACCAAUCCCUUGGAUCACCCAAUUCUCCAGCCGAACUAUCUCUCCACUGGUAAGAUUUAGAUGGCAGGAUCUGAGGAAGUGCCAGUUUCUGGGAGAAAUCUUGAAUGUAAACUCUACCCCUCCCAACCAGUUUUCCCCUCAGCUCCUCUUCUCCCCUCCCUCUCUGCUCCAGCAAGCCCCGCCCACAAACAGACGCUCCUCCUCGCUUAUAUCGUUUUAAUUAAAUUCAGAUAUAAUGCACAUAAAUACUUCAGAUAAUUACAAAUGGGGCUCAGUCAACGUGAAAGUAAAAAGCAUUAAUGCUACUGUAGAUGCCAACAGACUACCAGCAAACACAAUGUUUGCAGGACUUCUAAAAACUAGUAUAAAGUGACAUAGUCCAGGACCCGAGGUAAACAGUUUAGCAGCGCUACACCACGCAGCAGAUCCCGUUUGACAAGAAACACUUCUGUUACAGACACUUGGUUUACUUUGUUAAAGCGGUUUCCCUGUCCAGCAGAGAGGUUACAGGGUUUGUAAGAUCCCAAAGCGUCCCUUAUUAUUUAUGCUUCAUCGAUGUUGACCUGGUUUCUUAGCUCUUGUCUGAUUUACCUCCUAUUUAAGCGCCCAGUAUUCCAGUAUUUACUUUGUUUUCUUGCUUGUGUCGGCAAUUGUGGCCAAAGAAGGAUUCAGACCUUUUUCCGUACUUUCUGGUUGGUUUCUACGGUCCAAUACUGUAGCACGCUAACUUUGUUUGGGCUCGUGCACGUUAUUCGAGGACGUGGAGCGUGCCUCACAACACGAGGGAGCAGCUUCUGCUUCACAACCAAUCAGGUCAGGGAGGUGGAGAAUGGCUUUGUUUACAGUCAGAAUGAGAGGACCACUCAAAAAUUUUAAAAUGUUGACUACAAAGACAUAACAGAACACAGCUAUAUCGUUACAUCUCCAAAUGUCAUCAUUAACUAAUAGCUAUUGACUGAUAUUAAAAGUUUUUUGUAUAUACACCACAAAAAAAGAUGCUUCUUAAAUGGAUUCCUGCCUACCCCACCUUUAAAUGGUCAUAAUUUUAUUACAUUAUUGAUCCUUGAAAUAUAUUCAAAUAAUCCAGUGGUUCCCAAAGUGGGCCAUGUGCACAGCAUUUGAUGUAGAAACAGCUGUGCUUGUACAUGGUCAGAGGUUGUGUCCUUUCUCAGAAGAGAAGAGCACAUUUUACACGACCCAAAGUAAAAAAUAAAAAUAAAAAAAUAUAUUUAUUUUAAAAUAAGCUUCUUCCAGAUAAAAAUCCUAGCAGUGAUACAUGUUGACUUGUACGAAGAGAGAUUAAGGCAUUCUGUCAUAGCUCAGUCAUUGUUCUAUUUUAAGCUAGAGCUAAAAUUAGCAAACAUGGUAGUUUGGGGAAACUUGUCUCAGUCAUUUUGGGGUUAGUUGUCACAUGUCUAAAAGGGAUUAAAAUUAACAUAGAGAGUCUGCUUAUCAGCAGCUGUCAUAAUGAAAUUAUGACUUUAUUCUGACUGAAAAAAGAGUGUUUUAAGAAGAGGAGAAAGCAAGAAGACAUGGUCAGGAAUUACAAAAGAAAAACAGAACGUGACAGUGCAGUCCCUGACGUGAUGCUGAGGACAGUCAGACAGGUGACCCUCGCUAAUAAAUCAAUCUGGAGUACAAUAAAGGACUUUAAUGUCAACUUCCAUACCUUGGCUCUGUACUGCAAAACAUUCCCCCCAGCCAAAAUACAGAGUCAGACAGCUCUCCAAACUCCAGAGCAUGUUGCAUAAUAUUUUAUGUAAACGUUUGUUCUAUGACUUUUUCUGGCUCAAUGAUAAACAUUUUCUGUGUCUGACUUUGAUGUUCAUUUUCAUGUGAAAAAAUGAGAACAACAAUAGUUUUAUCCUUGUUUUAUUAGUUGUAAAAUUCAGUGUGACAUCUUACCCCAUAUAGUGAGACAACUUACCCGAUGGUGGAGCGACAUGUCACAUGUUCACACUCUCAAUUUGAUUGCUUAUAACUCUGCACUGACACAAGAAUGCACAGCCCACUUUGGGAACCACUGUACUCCACUCACAUCCAGUCAUGUUGACUUUGGUGAAAGCCUAGGGUUUAACAUGAUACUACAACCAGUUUAUUUUCUUUCUCCUUCAGAUAUAGAUGUGUGGGAGUUCAGACAGUGUGUCAAACUUGCCAGGGAGAUUUUUGCCCAGAAGGCCUUUGACACAUUCCGUGGCCCUGAAAUCCAGCCUGGGCCACAUGUCCAGUCCGAUGCUGACAUCGAUGCUUUUGUACGCCAAAAAGCUGAUAGUGCCUACCACCCAUCUUGCACCUGCAAGAUGGGGUCACCUUCUGACCCAAAGGCAGUGGUGGACCCAAGCACUCGCGUUUUGGGUCUGGAGCGAUUGCGAGUGGUGGAUGCCUCCAUCAUGCCCAGUGUUGUGAGCGGAAAUCUCAAUGCUCCAACCAUCAUGAUGGCAGAGAAGGCUGCUGACAUUAUCAGAGGUCACUCUUCUCUUGUUGAUCCAGGAGUUCCAGUCUACCAGCCACCAACUCUUGACACACAGAGAUAAACAUGGCACUCAAGGAGAGCUAGUCAGACAACAACAGGAUGGCAUUACUUUGUCAAGUAUGAAUGCGAAUACUUUGAACAUGAGUGUUUGUGUGGAAAUGUAUACAUGCUUUGACGUCUUAAAACUUGCACUACUGCUUAGGAGAACAACACGCAUAAAGCUGUGUCAAACAGACUGAAACCAACAAAGCUUACAUUUUCACCACAAUUUAUUUUGAGAUAAUUUCUUGACUGAAGUAGCUUUUAAUUCAUAAACAGCAUUUUUUUUCAAUGUGUCAUUAGUUGCAAAACUAUUUUGCAAAACACUUAAGUAGUUGCAAACUGUGCUGAAUUAAUAAUAUGUUACUGAGAAUGGACCUACUCUUCAUGAUAUUCUGACUUUGGGUCCAUUUUUUGAGGACACUAGAACAUUUUGGUACAAAUUUUUCUACACUUUAUUUUGAGUAUUUCUUAAUCUUUAAGAUUGCAACUACUUUUUUUUUUUAUAACUGCAUUAAGUCAUCAAAAGCUUGGGCAAUAUUUGUUGGCUUUGUAUGGUCAAUAAUCUGCUAGCUGCCUUGCUUGUAGACUGUUUACUGGAGCACUCUGAUCAAGAUUUUUUUGUUAUCCUCUCACAUCAGUGUUAUCAGAUUAACAUCUCUCUUCCCUCCUGAAAACUUGCAAACUUAACUGUUUAACUGAAUGUCUUUGAAUGUUUUUGUUUUUGUUUUACAAAGCAACUUAAAGAACAGUUUACAAAAUAUUACUCAGUCUUAUGUUAGUAAACUUGUCACCCUCACAGCCCUAAAUUUUCCUAGAUCACUAUAUCCAGACAUGAAGUCUUCAAGACAACCAGAUCUUUCUGCAUUAGAGCAAGCUAUACACUGUAAUUGAUCCCAGUCUGCUUUUGUUUCCAAAAAACAUCACUCCCAAAAUGCUCUAAACAGGCUACCGUCUUCUCUGCAACAGGCAUGUAAAGUAUUGCAUUCAUGCCAUGAAAAAAUAAUUCCCAUGGACUGGCCUUUUGUUUUUCAAAGGCCAUCUCCUUGUGUUCUUAGUAGUUAAUCUCACCAGCCACCAUUUUUUUUUUACACCUUUAUUGGUUAAAAAACCGCACAUGAAUAUUCCAUUGAUGAGGACUUAGAAUCUGAACACUGGCAAAUAUACGUCAGAGAUGAGUAUCAGAGUUGCACCUUUGCAACUUCCAAAUUGUGAUUUCAUUAUUCAGUCACAGUCUGACUUGAAACAAUCUCUUUCAAUGCUCAACAUGUAAAAUGCUGAAAGGUUUUAAUUGACCAAUGUGAGGUUCAUCAUCAUGUUGUUUAUGAGGACAACACAAUAUACACGAUAAUAUUUUAACAAUGGAUAAUUUAGAUUUAGAUCUUGCCAUAAGCUUGUGUAUUUUUUUUUUUGUUCAAGUACUUAAAAAUUUCACUUAAGUCUUACAUCAGUGUUAAAAAUUUCUUCCUGUAUGUAUCGCCAAUGUAUGCUGUGAAGUGAUUCAGUGUGUAUCAUACAGAAAUAUAACUUCAGGAAUGAAGAUUUCAUUAAAUAUUGCACUACAUGAUGAAGUAUCUUAAUGGCUUGACAAUCAAUGAAUUAUUUGCUGUCUUGUAUAAAAUGAUGUUCAUGUCAAUGCUUUCCAACCUUAUAUUAAUGGUAAAUAAACACUAGAGCAACAACCCGAGCCUUGUCUUUGACUUUAUUUAGUGCUCCUUGCUAUUUUAUUUGCUGGCUCAUUGUAUACUGUGCUGGUGCUUAUACUACAAAGUAAAAUGGUAAAUGGACUAUGUUUAUAUAUGGUCGUAACACACCCCAUUCACACACUGAUGGCAAGGGCUGCUAUGUAAAGUACCCAUAAGCUUUUGACCUGUUCCAAUCACACACCACUGUGAGCAGCCCGUGGGGGUGAGUAAAGUCAGGUGUCCUACCCAAGGACAAUUUGACAUGAGGACACCAGAACCUGGGAUCGAACACCCAACCUUCCGAUUGACAGAUGAUCAACUCUACCACUGAGCCACAGCUGCUGCUUUAAGUAGUUAUUUUCUUUAGAAGUAGAAAGCAGAAAGUUAUGCACUGACUGUCUACUAAUAAUACGAAUUGUAAUAAUUUUUGGCAUUUGAUGAACAACUGUUUACCAGUGAAAUAGAACAGAAAAUAGAGCUAUCCAUUGCACAAUAAAGCUUUAGGGCUGACUUUGCUAUGACCCUUUGCAGCUGUUAACAUUGAAAUUAAUAUGUUAAAAAAAAACAAAGUAAAUACCAUCUUCAAAUAACAGUUAAAGAUAAAACUGAGUUUCUGAGUGGAGCUCAUUUCAACGGUACAUGUUUCUGCAACUGUUAUACCAUCUAUUUUGAUUUACGGUAAUAUUUUUGCCACAACUUUUAUUUUAGAGGAUGCUGUAGCCCAGAGGUACGGUCAGUGGUCUUUUAAUUACACAUGACACAUGUUUUGGAUAAAAUGAACACAAAUGCUUCUUCAAAGAAAAAAGACAUCAUUCACACAAAAGGCAACAGCUGACACCUUUUAUUAAAUUAAUUUAAAAAAAAAAUCCAAACAACUGACAACAAUCCAUUUAAUAUUUUCAGAAAAAAAGUUUCUUCGUGUGUCAUGACUUUUUAUUGUACACAAUGUUAGAAAUAUCUGUCAACCAUGUGGUCAGUUUUUGCUAACAUGAUUUGAAUUAAAUCUCAAUUGUGCAAGAUAAGUUGAGGGUAGCUCGUCACUUCUCUGUAGAAUUUUGAUGCAGGAAAAGCUUAAUUAUACAUUAUUAUGACUGUUAUUAAGACGGAUCUCAGAAGGAUGAUACUUCCAUGUUGACUGUUGGCACCAGCUGUGAAGCAGGUCCAAGCUGAGGUACUAAAUGAAAGGUGUUUGAAAUCAGAGUCUGACUGGUUAUAAAAGUACUUUGCUACAUCAUUAUAUAAAGUGACCCCUCUCCAAGGGUGAGUGGUAGAUGGAUUUUUAUGGAGUCAAAUCUGAGACCUUUAGAAUUCUUAUCCUAUUUUUGUCCCAUAUUUCUUAAAUCUGUUGACAAAAAUCAAAUUAGUAAAACGAUUGAAAAUGUAGUGUUCCUGUUGGUUGGUACAAAGAGGAAACUAGUACUUUAUUUUCUUGUGCUUCAAAGCAUUGUGUAUUUAAAACUCUAAUUUAUUCUAGACAAAAAAUUAAAAUAAAAGCAUUUUUAAAGCUGAUAUGUAUGUUAAUUUUCUUUUUAAGUCAAGUACAGAGGAAAGCAAUAUUCAGUCAUGAAACCCAGGUCUAUGAUCCCAAAGCAGUGCUUGCUUGUUCGGAUAACUUUGAUGGGUUAUUGUGCUAUGUUAAACCAUGUUUGACAAUUAUAAAAAAGCCACUAGGAAGUAUAGUUUACUACUGCUAAAUAUUUGGCAGGCCUGCAGGGAGAUUAAUUGCCUCAAAUUUAGAUAUUUGUAGGAGAAAUUCUAACUCUCCCAAUGAUCUAGCCUUCUCUUAAAUCUCUCUCACACCUCUAUUGUCCAUCCCAUGGCUCGAGAAAAUAAGGCACCUUGUUCUCUUCAUCUUCUCUAUCCGUGUUUGCAGGAUCCACUUGAGCAAAGCCAUGUCAUCCACAUUUACAAGGGCCAUACAAGCCCAUUGAAAAACCCUAAUAAUUGACAUGUUUGCUGAUAUUAUAGUGAUGUAACAUAUAUCAUCUCAUCUGUUAGGUCCUCCUCACAUUUAACAGCUGUGCACCGCUCUUCGUCACUGUACUCUCUAACAUUAAGAUCUGUCAGAUGUGGGGUAGCAUGUGUGCCUGAGGUGAAAUUUCCUGAUUUUCCAUUGUUGCCAUUUCCAAUAUUUCGGUUUAGCAAAUUACUGGCGGUGCUAUCCAUCUCAUCAAUGGUCAUCUCACAGGCAUCUGCAAUUUCAUGUUUGGUUGCUGAAACAAAGUUGGGGUCCCUGGCAUAUAUCCCCAGACCCU